AUGGUUUGGAGUUGCUGUAUUCCUUUCGGCGAGUCCAAAGGAAAUAAAGGAUCCAAACUAAAGUUGCAUAAAUUUCCACUUGAUAAAAAUCGUCAAACAUUAUGGGUCAAAUCAAUUCAAAACUUUCAACCGUCAUAUAUAAUGAAGAAAUCCCUUUACGUUUGUCAAUGUCAUUUUUUAUCAACAGACUAUGAGUUAAACAACUUACUAAAAAAAACUGCUGUUCCAUCUGUUUUUAGUGAGGUUAUAACGUUGCUGCCUUAUACAAUUUUUGAGGACAAUAGUAAUUUCCCAUCUCAAGUUCCUUGUUAG